AUUUCCAUUCAUUCCUUGAGCAGUCAGUCUUUACAGGGUCGCCUCCGUUACCUUGUACACAGAGCUCUUCUCUUUUCCUGGUGCAGAUCAUUUGCAAUUCCAACAUGGCUACUUUCUCACAGGAUCUGAUCCUUGAGAUCGCGCAGCAUUUGGACGCCAAGUCUCUAUUCAAGCUUUGCCAGACAAGCAAGGAGAACAACAUGCUCCUCAAGACGUAUGAGCGUUCAUUGUCGCAGUUACGCCUAGCAAACUUCCCUGUUCCACCUCCUGGUGAUGUGCUCUCUUCAGAGCUAUAUCUUCGACGCCCAAUUAAGCAUGGAAGCUUUCGAAUGCUUCUAGAGUUAGAGAAUCGGAAAUCCCGAGUCAAAGAGAUUCUCACGGCCUCUCCCCACUUCAAUCUUGAGUCACCACCAGGCUUAGGAGAACUCACCAAUCCUCAGCAAGAACGACUAUGUGCAUUCCUGUACCGUGCAUUUGCACAAUGCGAUUAUAUUGCAGAUAUUGCAGCCAAUGCACCUUGCGGACCGCCUGGGGUACAAUGGUAUGAACGCCGAUGCAUGAGAUGGUGGGGUGGGCGUGAUCUUGUAGAGGGCUUUCGUCUAAAGGAUCCGUAUACGAACUAUCCCGCACGCCCCUCGCAACAGGAAUACAUUCGCAACCUAUCCAAACAGGAUUGUACCAUGAUCUACUAUCUGAUAGAUAUGAUGGGAUCAUGCUUUAUCAAGUCCCGCGAAGAUUGGAUCCUCUCAGAUCCCGUCUUUUACGAGCGUAUUACCGUCUUCAAGGAAUGCGUUCUGCGACAUGGAUCAUGGUAUGCAUGGGCUCACUUCAUGGGAGGCAGCGAAUGGGAAUCCAUGACCAAUGAUAUCGCUAGGAUCGGAAUCGCCGAACUCGAUAGUUUUGAGUGCGGCGACAAAGAUGCUAUGUGUAGUCUGCAGUCAGUGCUGAUUGGUCGGUUUAAUGAACUGCACAAGUCCCCGGGCAACAGAACCAAGGCGGCACAACACGCCGCUAAGUAUUUGAUCACCGCAGAUAUUGACGAUAGCGACAAUGGAGACCAGGAAGAGGGUGAAGACCAGGAUGAGUAAGACCAAGCAUAGAAGGGUCGGGGUCAGGAUAAAGACGAGUAUCAGGGCUGGGAUUAGAUUUGGUCUUGGUACGUCAGUAUAUAAGGGUUGGCGUAUAGGAGUGGGGGCCAUUGUUUUUGAUUUGGACAGGAUGGUACACAAGGUUAUUGGUGUAUUGUGCUUGCCAACCGAUUUUGAGGAAGCAGGCGUGUCAGGCCUCACAUAUUAAGACCCCCCCUCCCCCGAUUUCUACCAUGCAUAGCGAGCCCGGAGCAGAUGUCGAUGCGAUGAAUUCAUUUCUUCCCUGUAAGAAUUGCAUACAGUGAAAUGUACUAUAUAUGCCUGGCUACGAUGUUUUGUUGAUGCUUAGAUAGAGGCUCAUGGGGAUCCGGGGCUCAAUCAUGUUUACCGGUAAAUACCCAGGUGAGGCGAAUAUGGUGCAAUGUAUGUAUAUUGGUGGAUAAAGCCUAGGGGCUGGUUGAUUUGCCUAGGGGAUCUUUACUAUAAUAGAGUAUUUUGUACUUUGUAUAAAUAGAAACAACGUAAGUACAAUCCCUAUUAAAUUGAUGACUAUGGGAAUAAUCUGCUCCAAAAUUGAAAUAAAAAUGCGUAACAAGCGAUUUAGGAUAGAGUGUAAUUCCAAGGAAGCAUUUUGAUUAGAGUACCAGGCACCUAAUUGAACUACACCUGUG